AUGGCAUCAUGGAGACCACUGAGUCUGUUGCUUUGGACACAAACAAAGGGCUGGACAGCUGCCAUUCUCGUUAUUGUAUUCCUGAAUUGGAGUGUUUUCACUAGGCUGGAGCUUAUAUUGUUGUGCACAGCAUUCUCGCUUCGCGAAUACUAUUCAGUCUUCAAGCGAACAGCCUGGGACCAAUCAGUCAUCCCCACAUACCUAUCAAUGAAUGCGCUGGAAAUGCAAUCGAUUCCAGAUGGGUUUCAAGCAUGGCAUGAAGGCAGGGAGACAUUUACUGGUGCUUGCCAACCAGAUCAAGCUCAGAUGUGCUAAUAAUUUUUUUCCCUUUGUCAUUGCAACGGGGAUGUCGAUUGCAGUGGUCCAUGGAAGGGAUAGUAGCGUAGUCGGCCAAUUAACGUCGUUGACCGGUCAAACCAUAAUGUCAGAAAUGGCUUUAGCUGGAGCUCUGUUGAACGUUCGACAGCCCCUUGAACUUGACUUGAAGCUCAGUGAACCACGAGUAAGACUAGGCACAAUCGAUCAUUUUUCAGAUAAGUUCAAACAUCCACAUUGCUCGAACAAUACAAAAGCUUGUCCCAAAAUGACUGUACUGAUUGACUGCGAACUACUAGGCAUUGCACUGUC